GUAGAACUGCGGUGACUUGGUAUUAUCGAAAGUCUUGGGCGUAGAUUAGACCCAUCCUACCGGAUAACAGAUCUGAAUAUUACAUUUAGAUCUGACGUCUGAAUCAGGAAACGCGUUUUUCCCAAAACAAGCUGAAUAAGACACGAGAAGUGAAACCUCGAGCUAUGGCAUCUGGUUCAUCGAUGAUGAACGGUGACAUCAGUCACCCACUUGGGGGCCCAGGACCAGGCACCGGGAAUCUGGCUAGUUUAGAGGAGACGAUUCAACAAAUGAACACCCUUAUCAAGGAGAACAGAGAACUGAAGGAGGCUCUGAAACAGACCAAUGUGUCCAUGAAGGAGAGAUUUGAAGGCUUAUCCACAUGGAAGGAGAAACAAAAGGAAGAAAAAGAUUUCCUGGAAAAACGACUAGGUGAAGCCAAAGCCAGACUGACCGCCGCGGAUGCAGAAAAUGAGACUUUGAAGAAAAGAGUUAAAGAGCUGGAGAAGAGCGGACUGGAGUCUGAGCUGGAGGUGUUGAGAGGUCAGAUCGCUCGACUUCAGGCUGAGAAGAAUGAUCUGGUGGCUUUAAACUCUGAACUUCAGCUGAAAAUGGGGGAAAGUUCACCAAACGACUCCUUUAUCGAGAUCAGAUUUGCUAAAGAUGAAAUAAACGAGACUAAAAAUUUGGCCGGCGCACAGAAGGACCAGUCAAUGUCAUGCAUACUAAAAGCUGAAUCAGAGGAGCAGACAGUGAGACAGCUGCUUCAAUCUCUCAGGAUCGAGACGGAUCAGAAGGAAGCACUUCAUGUAAAGCUUCAGGACGCCCAGGCAAGGAUUGCGGAGUUGCAGCAGAAAGAGGAACACAGUGAGGGAACCACACAAACGUCUCUGCCCUGCGCAACUGAAAAUUCAAGUGAUGAGGUUCAGAACCUAAAGGCUCAGCUGAUGAAGCUUGUUGAUGAGUUAAAACAGACUCAGAGCAAACUGGACGAGGCCGAAAACAUGAAAAAAAACCUGCAGGACAGGUGUAAAGACCUGGAGCAAGAUCUGAGCGCUCUGAAGACUCAGCACGGAGACAAACAGAAGGUCCAGACCGAGAACGAGGGUCUGAACGCUCAGCUGAUGAAGCUCAGUAAUGAGUUAACACAAGCUCAGAGCAAACUGGAUGAAGCAGAGAAAAUGAAACAAAACCUACAGGACAGAUGUAAAGACCUGGAGCAGAAUCUGAGCAGUCUGAAGACUCAGCUCGGAGACAGACAGAAGGUCCAGACUGAGAACGAGGGUCUGAAGGUUCAGAUGGAAAGUCUACAAGCUGCUGUCAAACUAGAACAGAAGAAGACUCAAGAUGAAAAGAGUAAUCUGAACCAACUAAAAGACGCCUAUACCAAGCUGUUUGAGGAUUAUAAGGAACUUCAAGAGGAGAACAAGAAGAGAGAGGGGAGUGUAUCAAAGGAAGAAUAUGAAGACCUUCAGGUAAGGUUUACCGCAGCUGAAAAGGCCCUGGCAGACAAACAACAGAAGAUAGAUGAAAUGAAGAUGGAAAUCUUCCAGAAGGAGAAGGAGCUGGAGACCAUCUCUGUUUUUAAAGCUCAGGCAGAGAUAUAUUCCCAGGAUUUCCAUGCAGAACGAGAAGCUCGUGAGAAGAUUCAUGAGGAGAAAGAGCGUCUGUCCGCUCAACUGGAGUAUGUGAAGAAACAGCACAGCCAACUUCAAGAAGAGAUGGACUCACUCGGCAGGCAGUCUAUGAGCGAGAUGCAAAGAAGACAUGUAUCACGUGGAGCCAAUCCACAAGGGCCUAUGUCUCCACCACACCUGCAAGGAGCCAGAGGUGAUUGGCAGCAGCAGAAUAUUCCUGAACAUGUUUGUCCAAAGUGUGGAGAAGUACUGCCCGACCUGGAUACCCUGCAGAUUCACAUUAUGGAUUGCAUCAUCUGAAUCUGUUCCCUAGUAACCGUAUAUCUGUGAAUCUAUAAAAAAAGCUUUAUUUUACGGUACUAAGGAUGCAGACACAAUGCUGAUACAUAAACCCGCCUAACAAAAACAUUAUCAACGUGUAGACUUCAUCUAAAUAGACCUUAAAUAACAGCAACAUUAGGAUGCUAAAUAUAUGAAUGUUAACUACUAAGAUAAAGUGUAUAACUGUAUGUUGCAGAUGGACAAUCAGGGUGAGAUAUAUUACACAGUGAGUUAAUCUAUUGAUCUGAAGUGUACGAGUUGGUUUAUUGUUUGCAAAAAGAUUUCUGUUUAUGAAUGUUUCUGAGAAAAAUGAAGAUGAAGUCUAAAUUGAGAUCAGAUUAUAGAGAGAAAUAUUAGUUUUGUUAUAUUUGAAAUGAUCAGUUUAAUCAUGCUCAUUAAAGAUGAAUUAUUUCACAGAAAAUAUAUUUUUUUCUUUUAUUUGUUAAACUGUUAAAGCACUUUAUCAUGUUUGAUGAGCAAGGAUACGGAGUUAGAUUUGGGAAGUUACUUUUAGUAUGUGGUUACUUCUAAGAGUACGUCUAAUGACAAACAGUUGUGUAUCUGUUAAUACAUGCCUGAUUCUAAUAAACACAAUUUUCAUAGUUA